AGAACUUUUCUACUGGCUGCAGCGCUUUGCGUCGAGACUGCAGGAAUAUCAGCAGGCAUGGCGGGGCGCGGGAAAAGAAAACCCAAAUCUUCUCCGCAGACAGAAACACCCAAUGGGGAAGUGAAAAAAGCAAAAGAAAGCCAGAGGGACGAGAAGACGGCUGUCACGGGAGAAAUGAGAGACGAAGUGGAAAAAAUGUACAAGCUACGCAUGCCUGAUGAUUUUUUCCAGUUUUGGGAAUUUUGCAAGGGUCUUAAUGCUGAUUGUCCACAAGAUGCAUUAAAGGAAACACUUGGGCUUCGGCUAGUUGGCCCAUUCGAUAUCCUGUCCAAAAGACACAAAAGCUCAUCUUCCUCUCAACCCAACUUUCACCUUCACUGGCGUUAUUUCUAUGAUCCUCCAGAGUUUCAGACCAUUAUACAGGGCAACGUAGACAUCCAGCACCACAUGGGCUAUUUCAGAGAUUUGCCUGAUGCUUUGCCUGUGUUUAUUGGGGAGAAUGAAGCCAAAAAGGGCUGUACCAUCACACAGAUGGGGGACAACAUCUUUGCAGCUGUUCUGCUGUUUUUGCAGAAGAAAAGAAAGGAGAGGGGACAACUGAAGAACGAAGCUGCUUUGGACCAGUUAGAAGAAGAUUUGAAGCAAGAGGCAGAGAGGUUCGAUUUGCCUCUGGAGCAGAAAACUAAAGCAAUGAAACAAAGAGAGCGAAAGGUGGUCACAAAGACAUUUCAUGGAGCAGGAAUUGUGGUUCCAGUGGAUAAGAAUGAUGUUGGAUAUAGAGAAUUGCCAGAAACUGAUGCAAGUCUGAAGAAGAUUUGCAAAGCGAUUGCAGAGGCCAAAAAUGAUGAGGAGAGAAUGAAAGCUUUUGCACCCAUCCAGGAAAUGAUCACCUUUGUUCAAUUUGCCAAUGAUGAAUGUGACUACGGCAUGGGCUACGAGCUUGGAAUAGAUCUGUUCUGUUAUGGCUCACAUUAUUUCUAUAAAGUGGUACGUCAGCUACUGCCAAUGGCUUACAAUCUGCUGAAGAGAGGUCUGUUUGGAGAGAUAUUGGAGGCGCACCUCACCAACCGUUCCCAGGACAACCUUGACCAACUCGCUGCUGUGUGACGUAUAUCGAGAGGAUGAUAAGCUAUUCAGAAUGACUUCCUGUAAAUGGUGGUGUGGUGUGGUGGGGUGGGGUGGGGUCAGAGACAGAUUACACUGCACUAAAUUAUGCUGUUAGGUGCUGCUGCUUCAUUGAAAAUGCUACAAAAUCCAGGAAAGGUUAGUUUCUUAAUCCUGAAUUACUCUUCAUUUUCUAAAAGAUGCUUUGAAAAUAUAAAUUUAAGCAUUUCCCUUUAGGUUUAAAUUGGUUUUGACGUAAUUAAACUGAAUGGGCACAUAGUUGUUCUUUUUUUUUAGCCUCAGUUGUACAUGUGAAAUCAAAUUGAGUUUUACACUUCAGAUUCUUCAUCCUGAGAAUCAACAUUUUGAGUAAUGCUGUGCCUUUCCAAACCAAAUUUUUUUUCACUGGCACUUUUAGUCCAGUAAACCAUAAAGAAAUGAGUUAUAACUGCCGAAAGUUCACUAUGUUACAUAUAUUAUUUAUGAUUCUGCUUUCUGCAUUUCCAUUAACAUAUUUUGCAUAACCCAGUUGCUUGACAGCGUUAGGUCUUUCAGUUUGCCAGUUUAUUUGAGCAGUGAGUCUUGAGUGCUGAUCAGCCGCCUGGCUGUGGUUUCAGAUCAGUUUGUUUUAUUUUUGUGAAGCAGAACCUGCUAUACAUAGCAAAAGUGGCUGAUUCUUGUUAAAAUUGUACCUUAAGUAAUCUGUACUGAGAAUUAAGUUAGAAAAUGAGUUUUCAGUGUCAAUUACUGUCUCUGUUCAUCAUUGCUAUGAACCUUCCGUUAUCGUUGUCCAGUACUGUUCCAAAGUAGAUGUUUAAUAAAGUGUAUAUUUUUUAUGUGCUUUUUCUAAUUGCCUCUGCUGUGUGAAAAAUUAAAAUGAAUAAUAAUACA